AUGUCCACGCUGCUUGACAGUAAUUUGAAGUCAGACAGUGAAGAUGAAGACUAUGUUUUUGACGCUAAAGCUUCGGACAGCGAAAGCGACGAAGACUUUGUGCCUAUUGAGGAAGGCCGAGAAGAUGCUAGUUCAGUCGUAACGGGUGGUAAACGCAAAAGUGCUCGAUUAAAUAGUAAUGAAAGGGAUAUGAAAAAAUUAAGAUCCGAGACAGGUGUUGCAAAUCAGACACAACGAUCUGAAGAAGAAAUGAAGAAACGUAUGGACACCAUGUGGGCUCAAAUAAAUAAUAAUGAAGCUAAUAAUGAAUUGCAACAAGAUGAUUCUGUACAAACAGACAAAGAAAGCGAGAAGCAAGACUCGGAUCUUUUAAAAGAUAACCCGGAAAAGGUCGCAAAACGCGGUUCAUCAAAGCUUAUUACUAUCACUCGUACGUACGAAUUUGCGGGGGAUUUCAUCACAGAAGAGACAGAGGUCCCUGAAGAUUCAGAUGAAGCCAAGGCAUACUUGUUGGCACAAUCUCAAACAUCUUCAUCUGAGCAAUUAAACGACAAUUCUCAUGCCAGUUUGCAAUCCUCAGAAUCAUCUCGGAGCAAACCCAUUCUUCCCGUCAAACAACGACCGGCAAAGUCUCAGCGUGCAAAAUCUAACCUGAGCAAGUUGGUGGACGCGAUGAAGAAACCCACAAAAUUAAAUACACUGGAUAAGUCUAAAUUGGACUGGAAUAAAUUUGUGGACAAGGAAGGUAUCAAAGAUGAGUUGAAAUAUCAUAACAAAAAUGGAUUCAUAGAGAAACAAGAUUUUCUUCAGCGUACGUACAGUCGUCAGGAAGCUGAUUUAAAGGCUAUGAGAAAGAAGACAAGGAAGGAUUCACAAGAAUGA